UAUUAUCCAAAUCUGAUUUGGAAUGUUGAGUCAACUUCGGUGGAUUAUGAUUAUAGUGGACAACACUCCAAGGUAGAGUUCUACCUCACAAUAAGUCGCCGACCGACGUUCCUUCUUCUUACACUCGUUCUACCUAUCAUCGCCCUGAACUUCAUGAAUCUACUUGUGUUUCUGAUACCAGCCGAAUCAGGGGAGAAGAUAUCCUACGCCAUUACAGUACUGUUGACGUUCGCCGUAUAUCUGUCGGUAUACUCAGAUAAGAUCCCUCCAUUGAGCCUACCAAUAGCUGUCUUUAGUGUUUCAUUGCUGAUCAAACUGUGCACUAGUUGUCUCAUAGCACUUUGUUGUAUAGUCAUUUCAAAGGUAAUCUACCAUGAUGAAGAUCGCAGAAUACCGUUCAGGAUGCAACAACUCACUUCAUGCUUUCUACGGAACAGAAAGAUAGGAAACAUGAAAAAGCCUUCUCAGAAAGACUCGACGACCGACGUGGGGACUCAGAGCGACGAACAUGAGGCGGGUAGUCUCAAGCGCGACGACUUUCUCGGAAGGAAAGUUACUUGGAAGGAAGUUGCUGACGCCAUGGACAAACUAUGUCUCGUAUUCUUCACCGUGAUGUCGACCGUCGAGACAGUUGUGUCUUUAACUAUCAUUAUGAAUCGUCAUUGAAUCUUCGACGAAUGUUCUCAGCCAGGGCGAAUUUCGCCAAAUACCUUUAAACGAACGUUUGCCACAAGCAGUUGCUGACGGCACGGGAAAGUUAUUUAAUUCCCAUAAUGACUCGUUUAAGUAAGGUUGCGUGAUAUGAUUUGUUUGAGGUUAUCUAAAUACUUUU